CAGUAGUUUGACUAGGAAAAAAAACACAGUAAAAAUAUGCCCAGAUAGGUUAGGUGCAAUAAAUCUUCCCAUGCACCACGGUUUUGGCCCUGAUUGUAAGUAAAAGAAAAACGCGGAAACCAGGUGACUAAACAGCUUCAGCUUUUAGGACAGGUGCCAAAAAAUUUUUCCAAGUUCCAGGGGAAAAGUAGAGCUCAUCACUAAUGGACGUUGUGAAGCUAUCAAAGGGGCAUCCAGGCUCCAUCUAUCCUUUGUGUAAAAAGUAGCAAUAAAAGAACACCCGUGUACCCACCAUCCAGUUUUUCAAACUGGACUCGUUCUAUUCUUUCCAUUAACCAAGAUAAUGGUUUAUUCAAACGCAGGAACGACGACUCCCUGCAGCUCGGACAGCUGUGUCCUCCACAAAGUCUUCCCAGAGAACGAAUCAGCGCCCUUAAAACUGGGCCCAGACCGCCCCGCCAGUCUCCCCGAACCAGAAUUGCACCCGGAGUCCCCUCUUCGGCGGCCGGGUCACGUGACGAGGUGGCGCGGCCCCUCCCCCAGGCGCUGAGGGUCACGUGGUCCCGCGGCCCCGCCCGGUCGCCCCAGGCCGCGGCAAGGUGGGGCCUGGCGUUCGCCCCGGAAGUGGCUGUUGGGAGCUGACAGCUGCUGGGAAGGUGGCGGCGGAGGGCCCGGAGCAAGAUGGCGCUGCGGCCGGGAAGUGGAGCUGGCGGCGGCGGGGCCACGGGAGCCGGCACAGGGGCCGCCGGGGGAGGCAGCUUCAUGUUUCCAGUUGCCAGUGGAUUAAGGCCCCCUCAAGCAGGUCUGAUGCCGAUGCAGCAGCAAGGAUUUCCUAUGGUCUCUGUCAUGCAGCCUAACAUGCAAGGCAUGAUAGGGAUGAAUUACAGUUCUCAGAUGUCCCAGGGACCUAUUGCUAUGCAGGCAGGGAUCCCAAUGGGACCAAUACCAGCAGGAGGAAUGCCUUACCUGGGACAAGCACCAUUCCUGGGAAUGCGUCCUCCAGGCCCACAGUACACUCCAGACAUGCAGAAGCAGUUUGCCGAGGAGCAGCAAAAACGAUUUGAACAGCAGCAAAAGCUCUUAGAAGAAGAAAGAAAAAGACGCCAGUUUGAAGAGCAGAAGCAAAAGCUCAGACUUCUGAGUAGCGUGAAACCCAAGACAGGAGAGAAGAGUAGAGAUGAUGCUUUGGAAGCCAUAAAAGGAAACUUAGAUGGGUUUUCCAGAGAUGCUAAGAUGCACCCUACUCCAGCAUCACACCCUAAGAAACCAGAUUAUCCCACAUCAUCUCAUUCUACUAAAACUGUCUCCCCAUCACCUGCCUUUCUUGAUGAAGAAGAAUUCAGUGACUUUAUGCAGGGGCCUGUUGAAGUUCCCACAUGUGGGCCUUCCUCCACUUCCCAGCCUUUUCAGUCUUUCCAUUCCACCACCCCACUUGGCCAGUUGCAUGUACCGAAGGCUGGAGCACAGCCUCUCCCUCCAGGCUCUUCCUUGGAGGAGAAGCUCCUAGUAUCUUGUGAUUUAAGUACAUCUGGGCAGGAACAAAUUAAAUUUAAUACCUCUGAAGUUGGGCACAAAGCCCUAGGCCCAGGUUCCAGUAAGAACCAUCCCAGUUUAAUGGCCAAUAAUGGGGGUGCUGUAGAUGGACGUGUAAGUGGUACCACUACUGCAGAGGCAGAAAAGACUUCAGACCAAAACCUGUCCAUUGAAGAGAGUGGUGUGGGGGUAUUUCCCUCACAGGAUCCUGUUCAGCCCAGAAUGCCUCCUUGGAUUUACAAUGAGAGUUUGGUUCCAGAUGCCUAUAAGAAAAUUUUAGAAACCACAAUGACUCCAACUGGAAUAGACACUGCUAAACUUUAUCCCAUCCUGAUGUCAUCUGGGCUUCCCAGGGAAACUCUUGGACAGAUAUGGGCCUUAGCUAAUCGAACCACACCUGGAAAACUGACUAAAGAAGAACUUUAUACCGUUCUUGCCAUGAUAGCAGUAACACAGAGGGGUGUUCCUGCCAUGAGUCCCGAUGCUUUGAAUCAGUUUCCAGCGGCUCCUGUUCCAACGUUAAGUGGCUUUCCUGUGACUUUGCCAGCUGCUGUGAGUCAGCCCACGGGGAUGCCCUCAGGCCCUGCAGGCUCCAUGCCCCUCACCCUCGGGCAGCCAGUCAUGGGCAUUAACCUUGUUGGGCCAGUCGGGGGAGCUGCAGCCCAGACUUCCAGCGGCUUCAUGUCAGCUUACCCUGCAAAUCAGGUGGUCAAACCAGAAGAUGACGACUUCCAGGAUUUUCAAGAUGCUUCCAAGUCAGGGUCACUUGAUGACUCAUUCAGUGAUUUCCAAGAGUUGCCGGCUUCUUCAAAAUCAAAUAAUUCUCAGCAUGGAAACAGUGCCCCUUCUUUGUUGAUGCCUCUUCCUGGAACUAAAGCAUCAGCUUCAACAGAUAAAUAUGCUGUGUUUAAAGGAAUUGCAACUGACAAGCCCUCUGAAAAUACUGUUCCGUUUGGAGAGCCUGGUGAUAAAUAUAGUGCUUUCAGAGAGCUCGAACAGACAGCAGAGAGUAAAUCUUUGGGAGAAAACUUUGCGGAAUUCAGGUCUGCAGGGACCGACGAUGGCUUCACUGAUUUUAAAACCGCCGAUAGUAUCUCACCACUAGAGCCACCAGCAAAAGACAAACCUUUUCCAGCCACCUUCCCCUCAGGAGCUACCCAACAGAAACCACAAACACAAGUGAAAAAUCCUCUGAACUUAGCAGACCUAGAUAUGUUUUCCUCAGUUACUUGCAGCAACGAGAAACCAUUGUCCUUUUCAGCUGCAUUCAGCGUAUCAAAAUCCGUUUCCACCCGACCCCAGCCAGCAGGGUCUGCGGCACCCAGUUCAACAUUGGUGUCAACUAAGACUGCUAGUUUGGCUGAUGAUUUUGGAGAAUUCAACCUUUUCGGGGAAUAUUCUAGUCCAGCCUCUGUCGGGGAACAGGAUGACUUUGCAGAUUUUAUGGCUUUCAGUAAUAGUUCUGUUUCGUCAGAGCAAAAGGCAGAUGACAAAUAUGAGGCCCUUAAAGAGGAAGCUAGUCCUGGUCCUCUAACCAGCAGCACAGGCAUCGCAGGGAAGAGUGGACAAAACUCUGCUGCUACGUCCACGAAAUAUGACGUCUUCAAACAGCUCUCUCUCGAGGGAUCUGGACUAGGUGGUGAAGAGCUGAAAGACAGCACUUCUUCGGGCAAGAGCGAUGAUGAUUUUGCUGACUUCCACUCCAGUAAAUUUUCCUCCGUGAACUCGGACAAAUCCCUGGGAGAGAAAGCGGUGGCUUUCAGACACACCAAAGAAGACUCUGCUUCGGUGAAGUCCCUUGAUCUCCCUUCCCUCGGGGGCAGCAGUGUCGGCAAGGAGGACUCGGAAGACGCGCUCUCUGUUCAGUUUGACAUGAAACUGGCUGAUGUGGGAGGCGAGCUUAAGCAUGUCAUGUCUGAUAGCUCUUUGGAUUUACCGACAGUUAGCGGCCAGCAUCCUCCUGCCGCAGAUAUAGAGGACUUAAAAUAUGCUGCUUUUGGAACCUACAGUAGCAAUUUUGCAGUGAGCACACUUACGAGCUAUGACUGGUCAGACAGGGAUGAUGCCUCUCAGGGCAGAAAACUGUCCCCAUUUGUCCUCUCAGCAGGAAGUGGAGCCUCCGCAGCCGCCUCAGUUCCUCAAAAGAAAGAGACUUCGUUCGGCAGUUCCGAAAAUCUCACCGUGACAUCUCUCUCCAAAGUCACAACCUUCGCCAGCGAGGACCCUCUUCCAGAGACCACCUUCCCAGCUUUCGCCAAUUUUAAGGACAUGAUCCCGCAGGCCAGCGAGCCAAAGGAAUACGAAAGCGGGGACUUCAGGGAUUUCGCCAGACAAGACCUGCCUGUGGGCGAGCGGAGCCAAGAGGCCAUGUGCCUGAGCCCGGCCUCCAGCAGCACUUCUCACGACACCCCCAAGGAAUGCACAGAUGACUUCGGAGAGUUUCAGAGUGAGAAGCCCAAAAUCAGCAAAUUUGACUUUUUAGUGGCCAAUUCACAAGGCAAAAUGAAAUCCAGCGAAGAAAUGAUCAAAAAUGAGCUAGCAACCUUUGACCUUUCUGUUCAAGGAUCGCACAAGAGGAGCCUGAGCCUUGGUGAUAAAGAAAUAAGCCGCUCUUCUCCUUCCCCGGCUUUGGAGCAGCCUUUCAGAGACCGCUCCAACACGCUGAGCGAGAAGCCUGCCCUGCCCGUCAUCCGCGACAAGUACAAAGACCUGACGGGAGAGGUGGAGGAGAAUGAGAGGUAUGCAUAUGAAUGGCAGCGGUGUCUGGGGAGCGCUCUGGAGGUCAUUAAGAAGGCUAAUGAUACUUUAAAUGGAAUCAGUAGUAGCUCUGUAUGCACAGAAGUAAUUCAGUCAGCUCAAGGCAUGGAAUACUUAUUAGGUGUUGUCGAGGUGUACAGGGUAACGAAACGUGUGGAGCUGGGGAUAAAAGCCACUGCGGUGUGCAGUGAGAAGCUCCAGCAGCUGCUAAAGGACAUCGAUAAAGUAUGGAAUAACCUAAUUGGCUUCAUGUCACUUGCCACACUCACGCCUGAUGAAAAUUCACUGGAUUUUUCCUCUUGUAUGCUCCGGCCUGGGAUUAAAAAUGCUCAGGAGCUGGCUUGCGGGGUGUGCCUCUUGAACGUGGACUCCAGGAGCCGGAAAGAAGAGAAGCCUGCAGAAGAGCACCCUAAAAAAGCGUUCAACUCGGAAACUGACAGCUUCAAGCUGGCGUACGGGGGACACCAGUAUCACGCCAGUUGUGCCAACUUCUGGAUCAACUGUGUCGAACCGAAACCUCCCGGCCUGAUCCUGCCUGAUUUGCUCUGAAAGCUCCUGACAGCUCCUCUAUGAUGUACUCAGCUGGGUUUGUUUUUUUCCACCACACCCCUUGGGGUGACAGGGACCAAUAAACGGAAUGGGAAUGCUGUGGAGCUCCCUCCGCCCACCCCACCAGGAGGAAAGCCUCAAGAGGUGGGGGAGGGGCUGUGCAAGUUCCUGUCUUUCCCACAGACGAACUUUGCCCCCAAGUUCCCCGGCCAGUCUUUGGGAUUUCAGGUCAAACCGCCCUACCCAAACUGCACGUGGCACUGGAAGUUUGCUAACUUAUCUCUAGUUCUCUUAAGAUGUUUUAAAAUACGGACCACAAUUGCCUUUAUCUAAGGAGUAAUGCGCUGCUGCAGCAUUGAAACUGUAAAGAAUUGACAUUUGAAGAAAAUUAAAUUCUUGCUCAAGGACUGGAGUCGCAAGGAUUUUGACCCAGUGUUUGUGUAUCUGGAACUUACUAUUGUGUGAAGUAGAAUGCAUUUAGCCACCUUUAGUGUGUUAAUAUCUAACAUGAAUAGAAAGGGGGAAAUUGUGAUUAAACGGAUACUCUUUUUAUAGAAAAAUUUCUGCUCUCCGCUGACAGUGGCAGGUGGGUGAGGCUGGGUUUACCAACUUCAGUGGCACAACAGAAGCAGUUCUCUGCUCGUGCAUUUGUAAGACUGUCAGCUUUCAAGAAAACUUUCAAAGCACACCUGGGAACUUUGCAGUGGAGAACGUUCAUUUCGACCGAGCCCUGAAUCUUGGUGUAUCUGGAUGAGUCGUUGCCCUUGGGGGUCUUCACUGAAGGCCCUGUGUUGCCUCACUCACAGGCUGUAAACGUGGUGGUUUUUUUCAAUGUUUGGAAAGGCAGCUGAUUGAAAUCUCUUUGCGAAGGCCUCUGUCCAGAUUUCCAAGAACGCCUGCACAGGGACCAAUCCGUUUCUCUGUGAGAGACCUGGAAAUUGCUCAGGGUUGGACGGUGGAGCUCAUGGCCCAGCAAGAAGGAUAAUGUGUGUAUUUGUGUAGAGGCACGUGACUUAGAAGCAAUGGCAGGAUGUUGCUCAGAACCAGCAUUGAAUUUUAGAAGGAAAAGGCUCAUGCUGUCUGUUGUGUGGGUUUUUUUUUUUUUUUUGGCCUCACUGUGUAGCUUGUGGGAUCAUAGCUUCCCUACCAGGGAUUGAACCUGCGUCUUCAGCAGUGAAAGCACGCAGUCUACACCACUGGGCCACCAGGGAGUGCCUUCAUGCUCUCUGGUACAGGAAAUUUUCUUUGCUGCUUAAACCAAAUGCAUAAAAUCGGGGAAAAAGUCAGGGAGAAAGGACUGUGUUGUUCCUGGCACACACGUUUCUCUGUUGUGAAUCACGUGCUUAUGAGGCGAUUUUGAACCUUGGAUGCUUCACUUUGUGUGGCCUAAGCUGACAUAGACUUAGUUUUUGUUUGUAAACUGGAAAAGUUGGUUUUGUCUCUUUACAUAAUUAAUUAGAUUAUUUUCCCCUCCUCAGGACAAAACUUGGGGCAGUUCGAUUUUGCUCCAUCUUACAUCUUUUACUCCCACCCUCCCCAAGAAAGGUAGAGAACAUUUUCAUUCCUGAGCUGUUGGGGCUUCUGCUUUCCCUGGCUGCAUGCCUGGAUGCAGACAAGGGCUGCUGAGGUAACUUUUUUUUCUCAUCUGUUGCGGAUGAUACCAUCUCCAGCUGCCAACAACCGGAACAGCUGUCUCUGAGUUGUUACCUUUGCCCUCCGCAGGGCCAGCGGGUGUCAGUGACGACACACACGGGCCGGUUUCUAGUAAACUUUGCCUGGGGCCUCCGGGCUCCACUUCAGCCUGGGCAGUGCCUCGGGUUUCGACAUGGCUCCAAAAUUCAAGCAGCCUUCUCAUUGGUGUUAUACAUUCCAUGAUAGACCAUGGUCACAAAUCUACCUUUGCAACAAGAAACGUCUCCCAGUUUGACAGAAUUUCCACGGCAGAGACUUUUGGAAACGCUUUGUGGACUGUUAUUCUGUCACAGUGGUCCAUAUUGAUGACAGUGCUCACCUGUUAACCAGAUAGGCUUCCACUUCUAGAUGUAUCCCAGAACGCCUCAGACGACACUCGUAAUUACUGCUGACCUUAGCAAGUACGGUAGGUUUAGUCACCUCGUGGGAGGUGCCAGAGGAAAAAUACAGCAGGCGUCAACGACAAGCUUUUGCUGCAGAGUAUUCAGUACUUUCAGGAUCUUGUUUAGUAUUGGAAAUGCUUUAUUAGAUCUGCCAAUAAAGAUUUGGGGAGUGUGGAA